UCUAUUGCAAAUGUGCAUGCACCAUCCCAUACAGUAUUUACGAGAGCUAAUUUUCGCCUAAGUCAUACGUACGGGUUUGAUCGCAUGGCACCAUUGACAUUGUACGUGAAAUGAUGGCGUCGCCUGCCGUUGGAGGGAAACUAGUGUGGAGAAGUAAACUAUGGAUAUUGCCUCUUAUCGCUGUUUUCUGUCCACCCUUCAUACAAUGUCAAUUUGAAAAAGAGGGGGAUGUCCGUCUUGUUGAGGGCCCCACUCAAAACCAAGGUCGGGUAGAGAUCUUCCACGAUGGCUUGUGGGGUACAGUCUGUGAUGACAGUUGGGAUGUUUAUGAUGCUAGAGUAGUUUGUCGACAGCUUGGAUACUCAAACAACAUUGGUGGAGCCUGGGCUGGUGGAAAAUAUCCGAGGGGAUCAGGCCCCAUACACCUUGAUGACGUCGCCUGCGAGGGAAAUGAAACUCGGUUGGAUUUAUGCAAGAGCAACGGCUGGGAUAUUCAGAACUGUGGACAUUCGGAAGAUGCCGGUGUUAUUUGUCAAGAUGGCGCAGAAGGUGAUAUCCGCCUAGUUGAUGGUCCCACUCCAAACCAAGGUCGGGUAGAGAUCUUUCAUGAUGGUUUGUGGGGUACAGUCUGUGAUGACAGUUGGGAUGUUUAUGAUGCUAGAGUAGUUUGUCGACAGCUUGGAUACUCAAACAACAUUGGUGGAGCCUGGGCUGGUGGAAAAUAUCCGAGGGGAUCAGGCCCCAUACACCUUGAUGACGUCGCCUGCGAGGGAAAUGAAACUCGGUUGGAUUUAUGCCAGAAUGACGGUUGGGAUAAUAACUUCUGUGGACACGGGAGUGAUGCUGGUGUGAUCUGUCAAGAUGGCACAGAAGGUGAUAUCCGCCUUGCUGAUGGUCCCACUCCAAACCAAGGUCGGGUAGAGAUCUUCCACGAUGGCUUGUGGGGUACAGUCUGUGAUGUCAGUUGGGAUGUUUAUGAUGCUAGAGUUGUUUGUCGACAGCUUGGAUACUCAAACAACAUUGGUGGAGCUUUGGAAGGUUCAAAAUAUCCAGAAGGAUCUGGCCCCAUACACCUUAAUUACGUUGACUGUGAAGGAAACGAAACUCGGUUGGAUUUAUGCCAGAGCGACGGUUGGGAUGAUAACUUCUGUGGACACGAGAGUGAUGCUGGUGUUAUCUGCCAAGAUGGAACAGAAGGUGAUAUCCGCCUUGCUGAUGGUCCCACUCCAAACCAAGGUCGGGUAGAGAUCUUCCACGAUGGCUUGUGGGGUACAGUCUGUGAUGUCAGUUGGGAUGUUUAUGAUGCUAGAGUUGUUUGUCGACAGCUUGGAUACUCAAACAACAUUGGUGGAGCUUUGGAAGGUUCAAAAUAUCCUGAAGGAUCUGGCCCCAUACACCUUAAUUACGUUGACUGUGAAGGAAACGAAACUCGGUUGGAUUUAUGCCAGAGCGACGGUUGGGAUGAUAACUUCUGUGGACACGAGAGUGAUGCUGGUGUUAUCUGCCAAGAUGGAACAGAAGGUGAUAUCCGCCUUGCUGAUGGUCCCACUCCAAACCAAGGUCGGGUAGAGAUCUUCCAUGAUGGCUUGUGGGGUACAGUCUGUGAUGAGAGAUGGGAUGUUUAUGAUGCUAGAGUUGUUUGUAGACAGCUUGGAUACUCAAACAACAUUGGUGGAGCUUUGAACGGUGGAAAAUAUCCGAGUGGAUCUGGUCCCAUACACCUCGAUUUCGUUGACUGUGAAGGAAACGAAACUCGGCUGGAUUUAUGCCAGAACGACGGUUGGGAUAAUAACUUCUGUGGACACGAGAGUGAUGCUGGUGUUACCUGCCAAGAUGGCACAGAAGGUGAUAUCCGCCUAGUUGAUGGUCCCACUCCAAACCAAGGUCGGGUAGAGAUCUUCCACGAUGGCUUAUGGGGUACAGUCUGUGAUGACAUUUGGGAUGUUUAUGAUGCUAGAGUAGUUUGUCGACAGCUUGGAUAUUCAAACAACAUUGGUGGAGCUUUGAACGGUGGAAAAUAUCCGAGUGGAUCUGGUCCCAUACACCUUGAUUACGUUGACUGUGAAGGAAACGAAACUCGGUUGGAUUUAUGCCAGAUCGACGGUUGGGAUAAUAACUUCUGUGGUCAUGAGAGUGAUGCUGGUGUUAUCUGCCAAGAUGGCGCAGAAGGUGACAUCCGCCUAGUUGAUGGUCCCUCUCCAAACCAAGGUCGGGUAGAGAUCUUCCACGAUGGCUUGUGGGGUACAGUCUGUGAUGACAUUUGGGAUGUUUAUGAUGCUAGAGUAGUUUGUCGACAGCUUGGAUACUCAAACAACAUUGGUGGAGCUUUGAACGGUGGAAAAUAUCCGAGUGGAUCUGGUCCCAUACACCUCGAUUUCGUUGACUGUGAAGGAAACGAAACUCGGUUGGAUUCAUGCCAGAGAGGCGAUUGGGAUAACCACUUCUGUGGACAUGAGAGUGAUGCUGGUGUGAUCUGCCAAGAUGGUACAAAAGGGGAUAUCCGCCUUGCUGAUGGUCCCACUCCAAGCGAAGGUCGGGUAGAGAUCUUCCACGAUGGCCUGUGGGGUACAGUCUGUGAUCAUAGUUGGGAUGUUUAUGAUGCUAGAGUAGUUUGUAGACAGCUUGGAUACUCAAACAACAUUGGGGGAGCUUUGGAUGGUGGAAAAUAUCCAAAAGGAUCUGGUCCUAUACACCUUGAUUACGUUGACUGUGAAGGAAACGAAACUCGGCUGGAUUUAUGCCAGAGAGGCGGUUGGGAUAACAACUUCUGUGGACACGAGAGUGAUGCUGGUGUUAUCUGCCAAGAUGGCACGGAAGGUGAUGUUCGUCUUGUUGAUGGCCCCACUCCAAACGAAGGUCGGGUAGAGAUCUUUCAUGAUGGCUUGUGGGGUACAGUCUGCGAUGACAGUUGGGAUGUUAAUGAUGCGAGAGUAGUUUGCCGACAGCUUGGAUACUCAGGUGAUGUUCUGGCCAGGAGUUAUGCUCACUAUGGACAAGGAUCAGGGCCAAUAUACCUCGAUGAUGUCGACUGUACGGGAUCCGAGUCUAGCUUGAUGUACUGCAGUAACCGUGGAUGGGGCAUCCACAACUGCGUACACUCUGAAGAUGCAGGGGUUUUCUGUGAUUUUAUUGGUGAAAAAGAGGGAGAUAUCCGCCUCGUUGAUGGGUUCAGUCCUUACGAUGGAAGGAUUGAAAUAUUUCACAAUGGUCUAUGGGGUACUGUCUGUGAUGACGCCUGGGAUGACUACGAUGCCAGGGUAGUUUGUCGACAGCUUGGAUACUCAGGCGACGUUGGUGUUGCAAGGCAUGGCGGUGUGUAUAGUCGUGGAUUAGAUCCAAUAUAUCUUGAUGAUGUUGGCUGUGAGGGAGAUGAACUUAGAUUAGAUGCAUGUUUCAACAACGGUUGGGGUAACAAUAACUGCGGACAUUCUGAAGAUGCUGGAGUUUACUGUGGUAAUGACGUUGGGAAUGAAGGAGAUAUCCGCCUUGUUAACGGCUCCACUGCGAACCAAGGACGGGUUGAGAUCUUCCAUGAAGGCCAAUGGGGGACAGUCUGUGACGACUACUGGGAUGACCCUGACGCAAGGGUAGUUUGUCGACAGCUUGGAUACUUGGGUGAUGUUAACGCAAGGGUUCUUGGUGUUUAUGGGGUCGGAUCGGGUCCGAUACUCCUCGAUAAUGUUAACUGCGACGGGAAUGAAGAUAGGUUAGAUUUAUGCAACAGUAAUGGUUGGUAUAACCACGACUGCGGACAUUCAGAAGAUGCUGGAGUUUACUGCGAUGCUGGUGAUGGAUUGAAUGGCGAAGUUCGCCUUGUUGAUGGUUCCACCCCAAACGAAGGUCGGGUGGAGAUCUAUCACGACGGUCAAUGGGGGACGAUUUGCUUUGAUAGUUGGCAUGGUUGGGAUGACCGUGAUGCGAGGGUGGUUUGUCGACAACUUGGAUUUUCGGGCGACGUUGGUGAGGCCAGGAGUCCCAUUACAUACGGACAUGGAUCCGGCCCGAUAUACCUUGAAGGUGUUAGAUGUCAGGGAUAUGAAGCAAGGUUGGAUCUAUGCGUCAACGACGGUUGGUACAACGACAAUUGCGGACAUUCUCAAGAUGCAGGAGUUUACUGCCCUACUGAUGGUGCAUCAGAAGGAGAUGUUCGCAUUGUAAAUGGGUACUCUCUUGAUCAAGGUCGGGUGGAGAUCUACCACAAUGGUCAGUGGGGUACAGUCUGUGAUGACAAUUGGGACGACGACGACGCAAGGGUUGUUUGUCGACAACUUGGAUUCUUGAGCAACGUUGGUAAGGCCAAUGAUCUUGCUAGAUAUGGACAAGGAACUGGCCCGAUAUACCUUGAUGAUGUUUUCUGUGAGGGAAAUGAAGCUAGAUUGGAUGCAUGCGUCAGCAAUGGUUGGGGUAUCAAUAACUGCGGACAUUCUGAAGAUGCUGGUGUUUACUGUGGCAGUGAUGUUGGAAAGGAAGGAGAGAUCCGCCUAGUAAACGGUUCCACUCCAAACGAUGGGCGGGUCGAGAUAUUCCACGACGAUCAGUGGGGAACAGUCUGUGAUGAUAGUUGGGAUGACGCUGAUGCGAGGGUGGUUUGUCGACAACUUGGAUACGUAGGUGAUGUUGGUGAAGCCAGGAGUCCCAUUAUAUACGGACAAGGAUCCGGCCCGAUAUAUCUUGAUGAUGUUGGAUGUGAGGGAGAUGAAGCGAGGUUAGAUUUAUGUGUCAGCAAUGGUUGGUACAACAGCAACUGCGGACAUUCUGAAGAUGCUGGGGUUUACUGCACUGUUGAUGGCGCAAAUGACGGAAACAUUCGUCUUGUUAACGGCCCCACCAUGAACGAAGGUCGGGUUGAGAUCUACUACAACGGCCAAUGGGGGACAGUCUGUGAUGAUAGUUGGGAUGACUCUGAUGCAAGGGUAGUUUGUCGACAACUUGGAUAUUCAGGCGACGCUGUAGCCAGUAGUCGUGCUACUUACGGAGAAGGAGCUGGCCCGAUAUACCUUGACGAUGUUCUCUGUGGGGGAGGUGAAGCUAGGUUAGAUGAAUGCGAUAACAACGGUUGGGGUAUCAAUAAUUGCAGACAUUCUGAAGAUGCUGGUGUUUCCUGCACUAUUGAUGAUGGAAUGAAUGGUGAAGUACGUCUUGUUGACGGUUCCACCCCAAACGAAGGUCGAGUUGAGAUCUACUACAAUGGUCAGUGGGGGACGGUCUGUGAUGACGAUUGGGAUGACACUGAUGCGAGGGUUGUUUGUCGACAACUUGGAUUCUCGGGCCACUAUGGGAAGGCUGUUGGUCUUGCUAGAUACGGACAAGGAACUGGCCCGAUAUACCUUGACGAUGUUCUCUGUGGGGGAAGUGAAGCCAGGUUAGAUGAAUGCGAUAAUAACGGUUGGGGUAUCCAUAACUGCGGACAUUCUGAAGAUGCUGGAGUUCACUGUGGCCAUGAAGUUGGAAAUGAAGGAGAAAUCCGUCUCGUAAACGGUUCCACACCAAACGAAGGUCGGGUUGAGAUCUUCCACGACACUCAGUGGGGUACGGUUUGUGAUGACGAUUGGGACGACAAUGAUGCGAGGGUUGUUUGUCGACAGCUUGGAUUCUUGGGAGGCGUUGGUCAGGCCAAUGGUCUUGCUAGAUAUGGACAAGGAACCGGCCCGAUAUACCUUGACGAUGUUCUCUGUGAGGGAAAUGAAGCUAGGUUAGAUGAAUGCGGUAGCAACGGUUGGUACAUCAGCAACUGUGGGCACUCUGAAGAUGCCGGGGUUUAUUGCCCUACUGAUGUUGCGAAUGAGCCUGGAGACAUUCGUCUUGUCAACGGCCCCACAAUGAACGAAGGUAGGGUUGAGAUAUACUUCAACGAUCAGUGGGGUACAGUCUGUGAUGACCGUUGGGAUGACCUUGACGCGAGAGUAGUCUGUCGACAACUUGGAUAUUCGGUUGACGCUGUGGCCAGUAGCGGUGCUACUUACGGACAAGGAACUGGCCCGAUAUACUUUAACAAAGUUAACUGUGCGGGAAAUGAAGCCAGAUUAGAUGCAUGCGACGUCAACGCUUUGGGUGUCGAUGAUUACUGCGGACAUUCUGAAGAUGCUGGAGUCUACUGCCAUGUCAUUCGUGACGAAGAUAUUCGACUUGUUAACGGUUCCACCCCAAACCAAGGUCGGGUUGAGAUCUUCUAUAAAGGUGUGUGGGGAACAGUAUGCGAUGACGAGUGGGAUGACACCGAUGCAAGUGUGGUUUGUCGUCAGCUUGGAUACGCUUCUGGUUUAGCCUUGGGUGGUGGUAAAUACCUACGAGGAUCUGGUCCAAUAUACCUUGACGAUGUUGUCUGUGAGGGGAGUGAAGACAGAUUAAGUUUGUGCAUCAGCAACGGUUGGGGUAACCACAACUGCAGACAUUCUGAAGAUGCUGGAGUUUACUGCUAUGAUGAAAACGAAGGAGACGUUCGCAUUAUGGAUGGAGACAUUCCUGAUGAGGGUCGGGUUGAGAUUUACCACAAUGGCCAGUGGGGUACAGUUUGUGAUGACAGCUGGGAUGACCUUGACGCGAGAGUAGUCUGUCGACAACUUGGAUACUCAGGCGAUGUUGGCGAGGCCAGGAUUGAGAGUCCAUACGGAGAAGGACAUGGACCGAUACAUGUUGAUUACGUCAGCUGCUCUGGGUCUGAAUCCAGGCUGGUCACUUGUAAUAAUGGUGGAUGGGGUAAUAACAACUGCAGGCAUUAUGAAGAUGCAGGGGUUUACUGCGGCAUAGAUGUUGGAAAUGACGGAGAUAUUCGUCUUCGUAACGGAUCUACUGCAAACCAAGGUCGGGUCGACAUCUACUAUAAUGGUCAGUGGGGAACAGUCUGUGAUGACGAGUGGGACGAUGCUGAUGCAAUUGUAGUUUGUCGUCAGCUUGGAUACAUUUCUGGUACAGCCUGGAGUGGUGGUAAAUACCCACACGGAUCAGGUCCAAUAUACCUUGAUGAUGUUGCCUGUGAGGGGAAUGAAGACAGAUUGACUUUGUGCAUCAGUAACGGUUGGCUUAACCACAACUGUGGACAUUCUGGAGAUGCUGGAGUUUACUGCAAUAUUGGUGAUGGUAAAGAGGGAGAGAUUCGCCUUGCCGACGGUCCCACUCCAAACCAAGGUCGGAUCGAGAUCUUUCAUGGCGGCGAGUGGGGUACAAUCUGUGAUGAUAGUUGGACUGUUAAUAAUGCAAGGGUAGUUUGUCGACAACUGGGAUACCAAGGCGAUGUCGGCACAUCUGUGCUUGGGGGUACAUACGGACCAGGAUCUGGCCCAAUACUCGAUGUCGACAGUUGCGAGGGGUCUGAGUCUAAGUUGAUUGAUUGCAGUAUUGAGGGAUGGAUAAGUCAAAACUGUGGACAUUCUAGAGACGCUGGGGUAUCCUGUGAAACAAUCAGUGCAAAUGAUGGAGAUAUUCGCCUUGUAAAUGGUUCGACUGAAAACGAAGGUCGGGUUGAGAUCUUCCACAAUGGUCUUUGGGGGACAAUCUGCGAUGACGGUUGGGAUGACGCUGAUGCGAGGGUAGUUUGUCGACAACUUGGAUACAUGGGCGAUGUUGGUGGGGCCAGAGGUCGUAGCACAUAUGGACAAGGCUCUGAUCCCAUAUACCUCGAUGAUGUCGGCUGUUAUGGAUCCGAGUCUAGAUUGACUGAUUGUAGUAAUGACGGAUGGGGUAGCCACAACUGCGGACAUUCUGAAGAUGCUGGAGUUUACUGUUAUGUUCCUUCGACCACGGACCCUGGCGUCCAUGCUUCGACAAAGCCACGGUAUGCUACAUCUGCAAGUGUCGUGGGUGUCUUGGCAUCCGUAGGUGUGUGUCUCUUCUUGCUGACGCUGCUUGCCAUCGGAGCCGUGUGUUGGACCUGUAGGAAAUCAAAGAGUCAGUUUUCAUUCAUAACUCUGGUACACGACUCACCUCUGGAACAGGACUCAGAGAUUGCUUUGGAUAGGUUGAGUGAUCAACAACCUGCUGAAAACAGUAUCUGGUUUAACUGUAAUCUUCCAUGACGAAAUGAAAUACUGCCAUUGUUGAUUUGACCAACAUUAUAUGCUCACCAAAUAAGACAGAUGGACACCACGCUCCUAGAGGUUGACGUUCUAUUGUUUUGAGUCCGUCGGGGAAUAUACUUUACCUUCCUUGCUGGGGAUUAAAGGGGGGGGGGGCUAUGUUAGAGCUUCAGCGUCAAUUAUUGUUCAGUUUUCUAAAAC